AUGAAUCCUGAGCCUCCAGACGUGGAGCCUACGGGGCAGGCCGGUCAAAGUACUAGUCUUGGUGGAGGUGAACAGGGCGGACAGAGUGGAACACCGGGUGGAGGAGAUGGAGAACGCGAACACAGCUGGAUAUCUACAAUAAUCGACAAGAUCAUUCCUAACCUCCCUGGUGCAGGUAACCGCAAUACAUCUGCUGGGAAUACUGCUCCCAUGGACUCGCAGCCUUCAGGAACGCUCAACACUGAUGGGAUGACUGACCGAUCAAGAUUAGAUCCGGAUAUUGUCAUUGAGCAUGCCAGAGGGGCAAGAGCUAGUGUGGAGGAACGAGGGAAUCGGAUUCGUGAGGAGCGCCGGGCCCGCGGAAUUGCCAAGAAGGCAACUCUCAAUGAGCAUUGCGACAAGUAUUCUCGUGGGAUCCAACACUUUAUUAAGUUUUUCCUGGGAGGACCUACGAUACCGCAUGACUAUCCCCAACCACCGACCUCGGAAGAACUAGAGGCUCUAUAUUGGGUGGACCAACGAUCAACAAUCAUCAUUGACCAACUUGAACGGUUGCGUUCCAGUCUCUCCUCAAGAUCUACUGUAGAACAAGAUUUCUUCUUAGCACAGGCAGAGAAGGAAAUACGUAAGAAUAUCCCUCUGCCUACAUUCCACCCGGCUCCCAGGAAAGGUGUUCUCAGCGGAGGAAGGCCAAUCAGUACCCAAACGAAGGCGGAUGUGGAGAGAGCACUUGCCUUGGCCGGAAUCUCCAGAUUUACGUUUGAGUGGAACGUUCCCCGUGAUGAGGAUUCGAUUUGGAACUCUGCUGUGAUUGAGGUGAUGGGAAAGAAAUCGGUGGAAUGGCUUGGGCGGUCGAUAAAGAUAACUGAGGAGGAGGCCGGACAAGCGGCUGCAAUCAUUAAACGGUGGCUUGAAACUAAAUCACGAGAGAUUCAACAAUACGGAGGCAUGAAUAAGGAGGAGUAUACUACUCUGAAGUCGCAAAAGGCGACAAAAGCUCUUUUGCAGAGGUGGCGGAAGAAAUUAAGUCUAAUUCCACCUAAUCAAGUGAUUAUCAAGGAGCAGCGGUGUUCAAUGGCUGAUAAGGUCUUUCGUGAUAUUCCUCAACUGGCUGUUGUACUCGAGGACAACGACUGCCACUCCGACAUUGAAGAAGGAUCUGGCGGAAAUAACCCUGUUAGUCUGUUUCCGCCUUGGAGGAGUGUCUCUCUUACCGAAAUACUCCACAAUCUCGAUCGAAUGGUCCAAGCACAAGCCACACAUCACAAAACAAUCAAGACAAACAAGAAGAUGUACGCACGUUUGGCACGGAACCAUGCAAAGACGGUUGGCGGAGCUAUUGGGGUUUCACGGGAUUGGCCGAUAGAUUGCUAUGAUCAAGCUUUUUGGAAAGGUCUUAGUAAAUUUGAGCAGGACACUCUCUCAAAGACUCCGGCGAUCAAAAUCGCAGAUAUUGCUGAAGUCUUGGCUGGACUUUGCCGCAAAGGUAGUAACACUCAGCCUAGCGGUCCAUCAGACACAAGCGCAUCAACCCGGGGUCAGAAACAAUUUCAGCCUCACGAAGCAGCGGGCAGUGACGCUGGACCCAGUCGGCCAAUGAAUGUUGAUUAA